UCCCGCCUGCCGCGUCGCCGCUGAGCGCAUGGGCCGCACCGCGCCGCGCCGCUCUGGGAGCCGGUCCCGGGGCCCCGCCGCCGCCGCCGCCGCUCGGUCUCUCCUCAGAGAGAGCAACUGGUCCCGCCAGCUGUAACACACGUGGCUGGGCAGACUUCCAGUCACUGCCUUCAUCCUCCAGCUCCUCUGCCAGAAAGGUGGUGCUGGCUCGCUGCCAGAACAGCAGCCGCCUUCUGUGCUGUCACAGCCUCCUGCCACCAGCUCUGCAGCCACUUACCUCAAUCCCUGCUACCUACUCCAUGGUCCAAUCCACCCACUUUGGAUGCACAGAUAGCUGUGAAGCUCCUCUGGCGUCUGCCCUGCCCCGGGCUUCCUUCAGCAGCUCCUCAGAGCGGUCCAGCAGCCACGGCCCUGGCUUUGCAAGCCUUAAUCGCAGAGACGGAGCUGGUGGCUGGUCUCCCCUUGUGUCAAAUAAAUACCAGUGGCUGCAGAUUGACCUUGGAGAAAGAAUGGAGGUCACAGCUGUGGCCACCCAGGGAGGAUACGGGAGCUCCGACUGGGUGACCAGCUACCUCCUGAUGUUCAGCGAUGGCGGAAGGAACUGGAAGCAAUAUCGACGAGAGGAAAGCAUCUGGCUACUUUAUUUAUUUAUUUUUGGCUGUGUUGGGUCCCCGGUUCGUGCGAGGGCCUUCUCCAGCUGCGGCAAGCGGGGGCCACUCUUCAUCGCGGUGCGGGGACCGCUCUUCAUCGCGGUGCGCGGGCCUCUCACUAUCGCGGCCCCUCCCGCCGCGGGGCACAGGCUCCAGACGCGCAGGCUCAGCAGCCGUGGCUCACGGGCCCAGCCGCUCCGCGGCAUGCGGGAUCCCCCCAGACCAGGGCUCAAACCCGCGUCCCCUGCAUCAGCAGGCAGACUCUCAACCACUGCGCCACCAGGGAAGCCCUCUUCUUUUUCAAUAUGGAAAAACCGGGACACAAAUGGGCUGAGAAAAUUGUCCAAGACCCUCCAUUUAGUGAUUGACGCAGCAGGACACAAAGUACAGUCAACAAAGGAAAAGGCAAGUGGACCAAAGUCUGGAGGGAACCAGAGGCAAGCUCCCUCGAGUCCUCUGCCAGUGGAACCACACAGGACACGCGUAAGUCCUCCAGCCAUGAGGACAACAUGUGUGAAAUGUUGCCAACCAGGGGAGCUUAGCCUCAGCCUAGGAGCCCAGGCUUUUAUGGGGGAUGGUCAUGUAGGCACCCUCUCCCUGGUACAUAUCAAAAUCCCAGAUUCCAGAAGGAAAGCAAGUGUUCAGCACCAACCACAUUGUUUGCAUAAACAUCUUAGGCAGCAGUGAACCACUCUUCUCAGUUCUGGGAGUGGUGAAAGCCCUCCCAAAAUUCAGGUGCCUAGACACCAGCAAGCCUUUCUCAGGAUGGUGACUCAGGCCUGCGAUGUUAUCACUGUUCUCUCUUUUGGUUCUGAUUUUUUUUCUUCCUUUCCUUCAGUCUUUCUUACCUUCC